AUGUAUCUGCAAUUACUGCUACCAAAGAGGGUUUGCAUUCUGUUGUCUGCAGAGUUCCUCUUUUGGAAGGUGAACAUACAAUCAACAUCCAUUGCUCUGAGGCAGACAUGUGAUCUCACAGCUUCCAUCAAAUCCAUGUUAACUAGUUUUUCACCUUCAGUUGAUAAGACUGCUGCAAUGCUAUCAGAAUUAGCAAAAGUUGUUGCACAAGAGAGGCAGCUCUUACAGGAGUUCUAUGAUCUUUUCCCCACCAUAUCUGUCUUUGAGUUUCAAGAAAGAAGUGCAAAGUGCAAACUCAUUCAACUUGAAGGUUGGCAACGGAUGAAUUAUCAACUAAUGUUGAAGUCCAUUCUAGGUUGCUGCAAGGUAUAUAUAUCAGAAAGCAGAAACAGGAGUGCAUUGGAAUCUAUUGAACGAGCUGCCAAGCUUUUUCCCCUGGCUCCCAUAAUUAACAAGUUUGAAGAUGUGGCCUACAAUAGAAUUGGUUACACCCUUGUCUCUGAGUUGGGUUCAGUGCCUUCUUCAGAGCCAUGUCACUUGACAAAUUGUGUGCUGGCAAUGGUGAAGGCUGCAUUUGACACCAUUGACUUUGAGUUGCACACUGGAACUCAUCCUCGACUUGGUGUUGUCGACCACAUAUGUUUUCACCCCAUGGCUGAUGCUUCCUUGGAUCAAGCAGCUAGGAUUGCUAGGUGUUUAGCUAUGGACAUGGGUUCUAGUCUGCAAGUUCCUACUUUUCUAUAUGGAGCAGCACAUGAAGAGGGGAGGACACUUGAUUCAAUCAGAAGAGUAUUUGGUUAUUUUAAACCAAAUUCUAGUGAAAACCAGUGGAUUGGGGGGUUAAAAUCAGACUCUAUGUCAAUGAAGCCUGAUAGUGGUCCAUCUCAAGUUACUCCAUCAAAAGGUGUUUUGGUCAUUGGAGCAACCAAUUGGGUUGAUAACUAUAAUGUCCCUCUAAUAUCUUCUGAUAUUAGUGCUAUUCGUAGAAUUGCAAAACGGGUUAGUGGAAGAGGUGGUGGACUUCCAUCUGUACAGGCAAUGGCCCUUGCACAUGGUGAAGGUGUCAUUGAGGUAGCCUGUAAUUUGUUGGAUCCAAAUAAAGUUGGUGGUGAAAGAGUACAACAAGAAGUUGAGAGCCUUGCAAGGGAAGAAGGUAUUUCUGUGGGGAGGGGAUACUUCACAGAUUUUUCACAGGAAGAAAUAAUUAAAAGUUACCUGAAGCUGAUUGAAGAGAGAAAUUGAUGUCAAUAUAAGAUUUGCCAAGUAAUUCUCAUGAGGGAAAAUUACUUCCUCAUGGACUUGGAAGGUUUUUGCCAUUUGGUGAAUUUUGAUUCCAGAGUCAAUUUGGCAUUUCCUUGAAAUUAAGAUAGAACAGUUAUGGAUGAAUUUUUCAUAUGAAGCUCAUCCUUAAAUU